UUUGUUAGAUCAUCCAAAUUCAUCCUGAGCUUAACUGGGAAUCCCUGUUUUGCAUAUCUAUUGCUAGUUAAGGACGAAUUACAAGAAUGGCCACUGCAAAUUACUACACGUGCAAUUGUCUUAACUUUUCCUGGAAUACAGUUUUUUGUUUACCUAGUAAUGCGUAUCAGCCUCAAGCAUAAAAGGUGCCAACUACCAAGUGAUGAAGCGUGACAAAGAUCAGCUUAGCCUUGACAUGACAAUAUUGGAAUGCAGAGAAAAGGGAGAACUGUUAGUUCUUGUUUUUACUUGACUUUCUAUAAACGACGACAACAACCAAAUAAGUCGAAAGAUGCAGAGGCGUGGCUUGUUCACGGGUAAUUCCCAACAAGAAAUUGAUUGAAAAGCUUUGCAUUAUGGCGCCAUAGCAUUCUAUGCGUUUGAAACUUUCCCUUGUCUUACAUUGGCGAAUUGCUUUUAUUUCCCCCAAUUUUACCGGCCUAUAUAUAACUAGAAAUGAAGGAAGUAACGACAUCCAGUCUAGUACAUUGGACAAUCUCCCUGAUCAAAAGACUCACCAAAAACUUACUUUUAAAUUGAAAAUGAUUGCAUUUAAGAUUUUAUUUUGUGUUGUUUGCAUCGCUGUUGCCAUGGCUUCCGAAGAAUCGGAACAAGUAGCUGUGAAGGAAAAUGAAGACUUGAAGACGGAAGAGACACAUAUUGGCGGCUAUGGAUUAGGAGACGGAAUUUAUGGUGUCAACCAAUUCAAUAACGGUCAUGGGCUCGGAUAUGGAGGCUAUGGCAACGGCUUGGGUCUUGGUGGAUAUGGCGGAAUUGGUGCAGGUUAUAGAGGCAUCGGAGCUGGUUAUGGCGGAAUCGGAGGUGCUUACGGUGGUGUCGGAGCUUACGGAACUGGCUACGGAGGAAUCGGGUCAGGCUAUGGUGGAAUCGGUGGUAUUCAUGGAGGACUUGGGGCUUACGGAGCUGGUUAUGGAGGGAUCGGUGCUUAUGGCGGAGUUGGCGCUUACGGAGGAAUUGGAGGUUAUGGAACUGGCUACGGAGCUAACCAUAAGAAUGCGCAUGGACACGGACACAAUCAAGGCCAUUCCAGUUACGAAAGUGUCAACAAAGUUAGCAGCCAUCAAAGCCACAACUCAGCCGCUGGAGGACACCACUCAGCAAACCAUGCUCUUGGUGGGGCUAGAUACUAAUUGAGUGAUUGACAAUGGCUCAAUCAAUUAAAAAUUUAAAAUGCAGAAUUUAUUUCAGACACUUUUUUGUUCUAUUUUCGACAUAAUAAACAUAAUUAACUGAUUACAA